CGCGCCGGUCCCUCUCGGCUUGUCCCACACGCUCGGACCCGCCCCGGCAGCGCCGCCUCGGGCCCGAGGCGCCGCGGCGGCCAUCGCGCAGCCGGCCGCUCCCGCGCGCCCCGGGGCCUCCCCCUCGGGCGUGGGAAAGGACGAGGCGCCCGGCGCGAGGCCCACCUGGCGACCCCUGCGCGCCGCCGAGCCGCGGGGAGAAAGCCGAGCCCACGUGGCGGGGAUUCGCGUUGGGGGUCACACCCGGGCUCCACCGGCAUGGCGGCCUCAGGCCUCCUCCGCGGCGCGGCUCCCUAACCUCUAGCUCUUCGGAGACGCGAAGGGCCUCCAGCCCGCGGCUCAGCCUCGCCCUCCUAGUGAAGUGACGUUUCCUCUUAGCCGCUUACUUCUCCUCCAGCAAAGCCGCCAUCUGAGGAAAAGAACCAAGCGUGACCCGCUUCGGAAAACUUUUAUCCGGAUAACGAACUGUGCAAACGAAGUCCUGGGUCAUUAAAAAAAAAAAAAAAUUUAAAUGAGUUAGAAAGCGAGUUGAGGCGAGAGGGAAACUUCCCAACAAAUGUUAAGGUUUGUUUCAAAAUGCUUCCGUUUUAGGCGGCGUGCUGACGCGCCUGAAAUCCCAGCCCGGGAGGCAAAGGGAUGGGCACCAUUGCACAUUCGAGCCCAGAGUGGUCUAUAUAGUGAGUUCGGGGGUACACGCAGAGAGACGCCAUCGCAAAAUAACUUUCAAACGCUUCCUUUCGAGCACACCGAACGGUGGGAGAGAUACUAGACCGCACGGAGUCCGGGUUAGCCCUGAGGCUGGAGCAGGUAGAGCAUCUCGCCGCGCGGGUAUAGAGGGGGAGACGCUGCAGACUGGGUGGAAGUUUCCACGUUAGACCGCAACUCUCGGUCUCGAGCCACAGCGCGCUUCGCCGCGGAACGCAGUUUCGGCGGGUUCGGUUUUCCCGCAGGAGCCCGGACCCGCCCGCAGCCUUCCUCGCUGCGCGGGCGCAGGCGCAGUCUCACUAACCCGGCAUGGUCGCGGUGGGUCUCCUGUGUGCGGCUGUGGCUGUCCUGACAUGGGGCUUCCUCCGGGUCUGGAACUCGGCGGCGGGAGUGAGGUCUCCGGAGCAGGCGGGCCUGCCGGGAGCCGGAAGCCGGGCCCUUCUGGUGAUCGCGCACCCGGACGAUGAGGCCAUGUUCUUCGCUCCCACGGUGCUAGGCUUGGCCCGCCUGGAGCAGCGGGUGUCCCUGCUCUGCUUCAGCUCAGGAAAUUUCUACAAUCAAGGAGAGAUUCGAAAGAAAGAACUUUUGCAGAGCUGUGAAGUUUUAGGGAUUCCACCUUCCCGAGUAAUGAUUAUUGACAACAGGGAGUUUCCAGAUCACCCAGGAGUGCAGUGGGACACAGAGCUUGUGGCCAGCACCCUCCUUCAACACAUAAAUGUCAAUGACAUCAACCUGGUGGUGACUUUUGAUGCCGAAGGAGUCACUGGUCACAGCAAUCACGUUGCUUUAUACAGAGCUGUGAGGGCCCUGCACUCAGAAGGGAGGCUUCCUAAAGGGUGUUCUGUACUCACGCUCCAGUCUGUGAAUGUACUUCGGAAGUACGUCUACCUCCUAGAUCUGCCCUGGUCGCUCCUGUCACCCCAGGAUGUCCUCUUCAUGCUCACCAGCCAAGAAGUGGCCCAGGCCAAGGUACAUGAGAAUCAACUCCCUGAACUUCCUCUGAAGCGUCAGAAGAGUUUUCAGAUCUUCAGAACAAAAGGGGAAAGCAGAAGUCCUGGGCCAGGCUCUGGGCAGACUUACCUCCUUGACGCAGGGAGACCCCGGCCGAGCAGCCACUGAGGAAAAAGGCCAGCCUGGUCUACAUAGUGAGCUCCAGGACAACCAGAACUCACAAAGAAAGACCCUAUCUGAAUACGUAUGCACAUAUAUAUUCUGAUAGUGAAAUAUUGAACCAAUGCAAAAAAGUUCUUUUGUACUGAAGUUAGGCGUAGGUGUAGUGGCGCACGCCUCUCGUCCCCGCAUCCAGAAAGCAGGCGCAGGCGGAUCUCUCUACCUUAGGUUUGUGGCCAGCCUGGUCUACAGAGUGAGCUCUGGGACAGCCAGGGCUACACAGAGAGACCCUUAAAAAAAUUAACCUCAAGUAAAUAAAUUAUGGAUAUUUUAAUAGAACAGAUUGUGAUAAAACUACUUUUAAAUAAAGCAAUAUGCCCACAAGUAAAAAUCUAUGUGACAAAAUCAAGAUAAUGAAUAAACAAUUUUCUUUUUAAA